AUGUAUUAUGUUUUAAAAACUGGUAAUAUUAAAGAAAAAUUCAACAAACUAAAAGAAGAAUAUAAAAAUUUAGAAGAAUACGAAAGUUUCUUUAAAUACGUGGAGAAAACUUGAAUAAAACCAUUAACAGAUGGCACACUUAAUUAUGCUGAUAUUGAUGAUCAAAGAUAUAGAUCGAAUUCUGUUUUAGAAGGAUUCAAUGGGAGAUUAAAAUCUUAUUUUCCAAAUAGAAAAGCGAAUUUUUACUGAAGUGAUUUUAUUCUUAUAUUGCAUAAACUCUAUGAAGAUUUAUAUCAAAGUAUUACUUCAGCUAGCAAUUUAAGGACGCAAUCCCCACCUCAAUCUCAGAACUUAAAAGAAGAGAAUAAAAAUGAAAAUAUUUCCACAACAACCCAAAGUGCCACUCAAAUAAAUUAUUCAUCAACUGCUACAAAUACAGAUUGAGAUGACCUUAGUAAUUUGUUAGCAUCAAGACUAGCAAAGCAAGGAAAGAAAAAGAUGACAACAGACAAAGUAGAAGCUACUAAUAGAGUAAGAAGAUUAAGAGCAAAUGAGCUUCAAUGGAUUAAAUGGGCAAAUAAUUCCUGUCGCUUUGAUGCUUUUUUUACUUUAAUAACAUUAGCAAUAUAUAAUGAAGAUAGAAAUUCGCUUGAGAAGUACAGAGAUAUACCUAUCAUAUCAGAUCUAUUAGAUAUAGCGCUUUCCCGAGGAUGGCGCGGAAUGGCGCCAUCCUCGGGAAAGCCAGGAAGGCAUCCACACGGGAACUGGGAGUUCCACGUGUGGAUGCCAUUUUGACAUGUGGAAGUUUUGGAUCCCACAUGUCAAAAAUGGCAUCCACAUGUGGAACUCCCAGUUCCCGUGUGGAUUCUUAGUUGACUUUCCCGAGGAUGGCGCCAUUCCGCGCCAUCCUCGCGAAAGCGCUAUACAAUAAACGCUUUGAAUCAAGAUACUAAUUAUGCCUAUUCCAAAUUUUGUUAA